AAAUUGGCAAAAUGACUCAAACCACAAGGACUAAAAUCGCACUUAACUCUUCUAUUUAACAACGUUUACCCGUUUUCAUUUUUUGCAUCUUCAACUAUGAACAAAAUGAAGAACAACUGUUAUGGAAUUUGUUUCUUUAUUUCUAUAGCAAUCAAUAUACUACUUUGUACAGGUAUAUAUAUGUAUAUAGGUGGAGCUCGGUGGGAAGAUAUGAAACAGGAGAUUAGUUGGCAGUCGUCGUUGGCGUUGACAUGGAGCGAGAAGGCAGCGGCGGAGGCGGAGGCGGUUGCAGCAGCCUCAUGCUCCGGCCAUGGUAGAGCUUUUGUUGACCGUUUGACUUCUGAUGGUCAACCUGUUUGUGAGUGCUUUAACUGUUAUAGUGGGUCUGAGUGCUCUGUGUAUUCUGUUGAAUGUGCUGCAGUUGCCACAAGUGGGGAUCUUACAUUCCUUGAGCCAUUUUGGAUUCAAAACGCAGCCAAUACUGCAGUUGUCAUAUCGGGCUGGCAUCGUAUGAGUUACAACUACGCUGACGCCACUAAGAUGUUAAAAGACCUCGAAAAUUGCAUUCGUAAGCUACAUUCCAUAGCCAGGAAUGCAGUCACUGAAGGACGAUACAUGGUCUUCGGUGUCGGGUCAGCCCAACUUCUAAGUGCAGCGGUUUACGCUCUUUCUUCUGGAAACUCUUCUUCACCGUCCAACGUCCUCGCUUCCAUACCGUUCUAUUGGCUGUUCAGGGAUCAGACCAGCUUCUUUAGCUCCAAGUAUUUUGAGUUUGAAGGAAACACAAACUCAUUGCAAUCGAAAAAUUCAACAAAUAACCGGGAUGUGAUUGAAUUUGUAACCUCACCAAACAAUCCAGAUGGGGAGUUGAAGAAGCCGGUAUUUGGAGGCAAGGCAAUAUAUGAUCAGGUCUUCUAUUGGCCACAUUUUACACCUAUCCCGGAGCCUUCGGAUCAGGAUAUCAUGAUUUUCUCUCUUUCUAAGCUCACAGGCCACGCUGGUUCACGUUUUGGGUGGGCAAUUAUAAAAGAUAGAGAUGUAUAUGAAAAGAUUUUAUCAUAUACCUCCAAGGCUGCUGUGGGGAUCUCACAAGAUACCCAACUAAGAGCUUUGAAGAUUUUACAAACAACAAUAGAUGAAGAUGGAAAACCGUUUUUUGAAUUUGCUUACACCAAGAUGACAGAGCGUUGGGAUAGGUUAACUUCUGUCUUCUCAAAAUCAACUAGAUUUUCACUCCAGAAUAGACACCCUUUUCACUGCAAUUACUUCAACGAAACUAGGCUACCAACUCCAGCUUUCGCAUGGGUGAAAUGUGAAAGAGAAGAAGACAACGACUGUCGCUCAGUGCUAGAAGCAGGAAAAAUCAUAAGCCUAAGUGGAAGCCAAUUAAGUGCCACAGAUCGUUAUACACGAGUUAGCCUCACUGUGAGACAAGAUGACUUCGAGUUGCUUAUGAUACGAUUCACCAACCUAAUAUCUCUUGAAAAUGGUAGUCUCCAAACAAUGUGAAAAGUGUUGAAGACAGAUUAAACAUUCUGACUGUUUCAUGCAUGUGGAAGUUUAUGGGUCAUCUUGCUGCAUGUGUGGAAGAAGUUGUUUAUCUCGUUUAUCGCUUUUGUUAUUUGGAUUAGUUUGAAUAAAGCCAUUGGCUAGUUUUUUUUUUUUUGCUCCAAGUCUAAAGCUUUUAAGAUGUUGUUCCUUAGCUUUAAAAGGGUCUCUGUAUUCCUUGUUUUGUACGCACUUUUGAAUAAUAAAAUUCAGAAAGCAUUGGCUCUCAAA